CUACCAGGUCCCCAGGGGCAGCCCUGCCAGCCCAGCCCAGGCUGGCCUGGCUUAGCCACACAUGCACCAUGAGGUACCCUUUGGUGCCACUAGUGAACGACCUCACGUUUUCUUUCCUGGUUUUCUGGCUGUGCCUCCCUGUGGGUUUGCUGUUAUUUUUGAUGAUCGUCUGGCUACGCUUCUUACUUAGACAAGAUUCAAAGGACAAUGACUCAGAUCUGUGCUUGGAUUGGGAGCCCUGGAGCAAAGGCCUGGCCCAGUUCUGCUGGAAGGGGGCGCUGCCUGGCCCGGAGCAGGAGUGGCUCUGCGGGUGAGCCGGCUCUGCCAGCCUGGCUUCCCCAGCGUCAUCUGGGCCGUGGCGAUGGCCGAAGUGGACGGGAGAGACCAGCCAGGGAGGGAAGAGGACUUUGGCGACUGCAGCGCCUCCCUGGAACCCCCAGCUCGUGCGCUCUGCAGACGGACAUGCGAACGCCUCCUGAGGAGCCAGCUGUUCUACACCCUUGCGGGGACCGGCCAGGCCCCCCCGCAAGGAGCCCGCGUCUGUGAAGACAGGAGGAGCAGGCACAUGGGGACAAGUUGGCCAACGCGAUCCAGAGAGGCCCCAGGGCAGGCUGGGGCCAGAGGGUGGGGUUGCACAUUAAAGAAGCCAGGGGCUUCCUGUGCCCAGGGGCCCCUGGCAAACCUG